AUGAUAGGAGCUUCAAAUGAAUCACUGGUGACCGAGUUCAUUUUAACUGGACUAUCGGAAUAUCCCAGAGCUCAGAUUAUUCUGUUUUGCUUCCUCUCAGUGGUGUAUCUCGUUAGCUUUCUUGGCAAUGGACUCAUCAUCAUACUGAGCAUUGCGGACCCACAGCUUCAUACCCCCAUGUAUUUCUUCAUUUGUGUCCUUUCCACCAUAGACUUCAUUCUUACCAACAAUGUACUUCCUGAGAUCUUGGUCAACUGCUUCAUCUACAGGCCCACAAUUUCUUUCACCAGAUGUUUGUCCCAAAUGUACCUUGGUGAAUUUCUGGCUGUAGCAGAGUGCCUUUUCUUGGCUAUCAUGGCAUAUGAUCGCUUGGCAGCUAUAUGCCAGCCUUUAUACUAUACACAGAUAAUGAGUUGGAGAUUAUGCAUUUAUCUGGUAGCCACAUCAGUGGCCCUUGCCUUGAUGAUGACCCUGAUCAAUCUGCUGUUGCAACCGACGGACUUCUGUGGCCAUCACAUCAUCAACCAUUUUGCAUGUGAGCUGCAAUCUGUACUCAAACUGGCUUGCUCCAACACAGUCAGUGAGCUCUACAUUCAUGUUGGCAGCCUCUUUGUGCUAAUCCUUCCCUUUGGCUUCAUAGUUGUGACAUAUGGUCGCAUAGGCCUGGCUAUACUGCGAAUAAGCUCUACUCUUGGGCGCAGAAAAGCCUUCUCCACCUGUAGUUCUCACCUUGCUGUGGUCAGUGUCUUUUAUGGAACACUCAUGAUGAUGUACAUGAGUCCUGGAGGGCAAUCUGUUUCUGAAAAGGACAAGGUCAUCUCCUUAACAUAUGGGGCGCUGACCCCCAUGCUCAAUCCUCUGAUCUACAGUCUGAGGAACAAGGAUGUCAAGGGGGCUUUUUGGAAAAUGUUUCAAAGAAAAAUGUCAAUGUAA